AUCUGCUGUUUGCAGGGGGGCAGAGCAGCUCUGCAGUUCCUCUUUUUGUGCUUGAACCCUGUUCAAGCCCCCACAGCAGGCAGGGUGGGUUGUUGGUGGUGUGGGACCUGCAGCAGUACCUCGGAGCGAUGAGCAUCCAACUGCUGCUGCUGCUCUGUGCCGUGCUGGGCACCCACACUGCUCAUGGCUCUGGUGGCCAGGAGUCCCCGAGCCCCAGAGUGGCCAGGGGCAGGCACGCCCGCUCCGCGAGUAUCCCGCCUCAGCCCCGCGACUGCAUCCUCUCCUCCUGGUCCUCCUGGAGCAAGUGUGACCCCUGCCAGAAGAAAAGGUACAGAUUUGCCCGCCUGGAACAGCCCUCUCAGUUCAGUGGAGAUCCCUGUGAUGGCUCUGACAGGGAAGCUGAGGAGUGUGUCACAAACAGCCCUUGCAGGAGCAGAGCUCGCUGUGAUGGGUUUGUCUGUGCAGUUACAGGUAGGUGCAUUGCACGGAGGCUGCUCUGCAAUGGGGAUGACGACUGUGGGGACCAAUCAGAUGAGAAAAACUGCAAAAAAGUGUUCAGGAAAUGUGACCAGAAGAUGGAAGAGUACUGGGGAAUAGAGAACCUGGCAAAAGGGUUGAAUAUCUUCACAAACAGCUUGGAGGGGCUGGUCCUAGAUCACAGGUACUAUGCUGGGGGAUGCUCUCCCCAUUACAUCAGAGACACCAGGUUCAGGAAGCCCUACAACGUGGAAAGCUACACACCAGAGACCAAAGGCAAAUAUGAAUUUACAAUGACUGAAUAUGACUCCUACUCAAAUUAUGAAAGCACUGUCCUGAAGGCAAAAGCCACGCAGUCAAGCUUCAGUGUCGGUAUAAAAAUACCAAAAGUGUUUGAACUUGGUUACAAUUCAAAUGACAUGAGGUUCAAGAAGUUCAUGCAGAGGAUGAAAAGAUUUUCUUCAAGUUCCAGCAAGUUCCUCCACGCCCGUGCUGAGCUGGCUGUUGGUGUUUACAAGCUGAAGCCCCGGGCCCUGAUGCUGCACCACGAGUUUGCGCGGCGGCUGCGGCGGCUCCCCGCCGAGUACAGCUACGGGGAGUACCGGGAGCUGCUCCGGGACUUUGGGACACACUUCAUCCAGGAGGCCACCCUUGGGGGCAUCUAUGAGUACACCUUGGUCAUGAACGGCCACGAGCUCCAGAAGGCAGGUUAUUCUCUGAGAGAUGUCCAGAAAUGUGCACAGAAGGGCUUUAACAUUGCUGUGAAUCUUGAUAAAUUCUCUGUGGGGCUUGGAGUAGAUUCAGCUGGCUGUAAAGCCCUUUUGAAAGAGAUUGGAGACAGCACUGCCAGGAAGCAGUUUGUGGAGGAUUUCCAGGUGCUGGUCCGUGGAGGAGCAAGUGAAGACAUCACCACCCUGGCCCACAAGGACCUGCCCACGGCCCAGCUCAUGCAGCAGUGGGGAGAUGCUGUGCAGUACAACCCUGAGAUCAUAAAGCUGAAGGCAGAGCCACUGUAUGAGCUGGUGACUCCCUCUGACUUGGCUGAUUCCAUGAAAAUAAAGGAGAACCUGCGCCGGGCUCUGGAUGAGUUCCAGCUGGAGAGCAGCUCCUGUCGCUGUGCUCCGUGCCAUGGGAAUGGCAUCCCCUUCCUGAGAGGAGCAGAGUGUGAGUGCCUGUGUCCCCUCGGCGCCCGCGGCACCGCCUGUGAGAUCAGCAGGAGCCAAGAUGCUGCUGUCAAUGGAGGCUGGGGGUGCUGGGCCAGCUGGUCCCCGUGUUCAGGAGGUCAGAGGACAAGAAGGAGACAGUGCAACAACCCUGCCCCCCAGAAUGGUGGCUCCUCCUGCUCAGGGCCAGACUCUGAGACAGCUCCUUGCUAGGAGGAAUCAGCAGGGACUCACACAAAGCUGAUGGCCAGACUGCUUGGGAAGGCAUCACCUCACUGGCUGUCUGAGCUGGGUCUGACCCAAAUCAGAAACAUUUCAGGAGCCACUGGGAGCUGGGAGGGUGCUAGGAGCCACACCUUUGGAUGUGCAGUUGUCCCGUGGGAUUGAAUGUGCUUACUGACCUCAAUAUUUUGCCUUUUCCCCGUGUUUGUUGCAGUGGGCUAAAUGAGACAAGCUUUAUCUCUGUCUGCAUUUGGUAGCUGCAUGAUUUCAAAUUGUACUGUCUUGUUGUUGAAGGUUCCUUUGAGAUAAGAAGAGACACUUUGAUCUUACAUGCAGCAGGGUGUGCACUGAUGCACAGCUCCUGUGUCGUGUGGAGCAGAAUCCAGCACAUUAAAGCCUAAAUCUCAGUGAGCACA